UCCGAAGGCAUUUCCGCCGGAAUUGGGAUGAUCAAAAAUUAGAAUUUAUCGUAUCAUCAAGUUGGAUUGGACUAGAUAACGAGGUAAUGCUCGUCUCGUACAUUUUUUCUUGCUCUCUUUCUCUUCGAGACAUCACUUAACUUCUCUUGCGGUUCACAUUUUAUCAUUAAUAUUAGUUCUGUGCCAACCACGCAAUAUACACAACAUGGACGAAACAAAACUAGAAGUUAUUGACUUGCUCGACUCGUCUGAAGAUAACGCGAAGAAGAUCGUGCAUGCAUCUUCCACCCAGGGUUUCCUCAUGUUUGAGGGACAUGGGUUCACCCAAGAAGAGAUAGAUCUACUUUUCCAGUUCUCUCACGACUACUUCCAUCUCCCUGUUGAAGAGAAGCAAAAGUGUCCUAUCCAGCAGGAUAAUGCUGGAUACACGGGUAUGGGGGUAGAGAAUCUUGAAGAAGACGAUUUGGACAGAGGGUACGGGGAUCCAAAGGAAGGUUUCAACUUUGCCAAUUUCAACCUGAAAACAGGCAUUCCGGACCAGCCAAUCCCAGAGUUUUGGAAGGAUAAGAUGGACGUAGUGACAGCCACUGUUUUAAAGCUACGUGAAGCAUUGAAGAGAUCAUUGCGCCUAUUAGCCAAAGGUUUGGAGAUCGAAGGUGUAGAUGGUAUUGAUGCUGAAUGGUUUGUCGAACGACAUCACGACGACCAUUUCUCUGGUACUACUUUCAGGUUCUUGCGCUAUCCAAGCCCUGUAUCCGCCAACGCAAGUACCGAAGAAAAGGCCAAAUUUGAUGAGGUCAAUGUGGCUGGGGCGCACACCGAUUACGGUACCGUCACUCUGCUAUUCCAACGGGAGCAAGAGUCUGGCCUACAGUUGUUUUCUCCGUUAAGCAAGAAAUGGGAGAAUGUUCCAUAUGUUGAUGCCUCGCCUAAGUACAAGGCCAAGGGUGAAGCAGCACCUUUAAUUGUCAACAUAGCUGAUCAGCUCUGUUACUGGACCAAUGGGCUAUUGAAGUCUACGAUUCACAGAGUCAGAUUUCCUAAAGAGUUGCUGGAUCAGGGAAAGGACAGAUACUCUAUCGUUUUGUUUGCACACCCUGGUGACACGACUUUACUCGAACCCGUUCCAAGUAAGCGUAUCAGAGAAAUAAAGGGUAGAGGUGCCAGUCACUACAUGGACAAACAUGGCGUUUCUCAGACUGCUGGUGAUCACUUGACAAAGAGAUUGGGCAGUACCUACGGUUGGAAAUAUUGAAUAGUUUUGUCAACGUAUAGAUAGGCGUAAUAUAUUUGAUAUAUACUUUUUUUUUCUACGCGCACGGAAAGAAUUUCCCACCGCAGUGUAAACACUACACGCAUGAAUUGUCAACACAGAUG